UUUAACAUCAACUGUCAAAUGAGUUCUAACCUCAAAUAACAAAUUGAAUUUUACAAUUUUAAAAGUGUUUUUAAGGAUGAUUGAGUUCAUAAAUGAUGAAAGAAAGAAUUUUAUUGCGCUGCAUUCAGAGUUAGAGAGACAAAACCUAAAAAAUUUGGGGUUUGUAAAUGAUUUUAAUUUAAAUAACACCGCGAAAAUGCAUCAAUUAAUUAAGCUAAGAACGAAGAAAAAGGGGUUAGUUUUACUUAAAGAAAAGUUGCAUCAAGAUUUAGCGAAAUGCGAUGAAGAAGAGAAAGAAAUUGUUGAGAAAAAAAUUAAAUAUCAAAAAGAGUUUCCAUCUGCACAAUUACAAUUAAAUAUAUUAAAAGCAAUUAUUUCCGAUAUUAAACAUUUGAAUAUUGAUUUCGUUCUUGUUCAUGUUAAAGAGAAUUCAUUUACUGCAAAAUUAGUACUUUUAGACAAGAAAAAAGAAUUUAUUAAAAUUGUUGUAGAUACACGAACUGAAAUGAUUAUUGAUUGUGAUCUGGAUAAUUUAAAAAAUGCUAAUGUUAAAAAUGAAUUAUUACGGAUUUUAGAGACUAAUAAAUGUUGUAAAGUAUUCUUUACAAAGUUAUGUGAAUGUUUAGCAACAAAAUAAUUUUAAAAAUAAAAGUUACUUUAUAUUAAA